AUGUGCCAAUACCAUGAAGAAAAUCCCACUGUCAAGCAAACGGAAAUUGGAGCAAUGUUUGGCGUAGAGCGAAGUACCGUUUCGAAAGUGUUGCGCCAGAAGGAGAAGUACUUGUACCAGGACGAUGGUAGCCGAUCACCCAUAAAAAGGUCGAAAGGCAAAUUCCCGGAUAUCGAACGUGCCUUGUCGAAUUGGGCACGAAACCAUCAAAAACAGGGAGCACAGCUGUCAGAUGCUGCGAUCCGAGAGAAGGCCCGCUUCUUCGCUCAGACCGUUGGCAACUCAGAGAGCCACCUCAAGGUAAACAGUGCGAGCUGGUUGGAAAAGUUCAAGCAAAAGAAUCAUCUCAGUGGUGCAAGGUCACGAAAGACUUCGAUAGCAGAAGAGUCGGAGGGGACUUCGAAUCCGCCAUCCAAUGUGCAUACCCCGGGGGCCAUCUCGCCUACCUCACCUGGCGGGGUAUCUCCAGCGACAACGACCAUGACAGCGAAGAAGAGUCAGGAAAAUCUUAAGACAGAAAGCCCCGACACAUACGACUUUUCGAACCAUCGCCGACCCUUCCAUUCACAGAGCAGUACAUCGUUGUCAAGCGUCUUCACGGAUACAGCCACAAGCCCCACGUCGCUUUCUUCCCCCUUCUUCACGCCUGAUUCAGCAUGCGGCCCGAGUCCAUUCAUGGGAAGCCGCCAGCCUGCGAAUGGACAGCCAGGGAACAACAACUUCCAAAGGCCCCGAAGCCAAACCUUCCCCAUGCUUGUUGGUGUUGAGCAGUACAUGUCACCUCCGGGCUCAACUGACGAUAUCACCCCAAAGUACGUUAGCAGCGGUGCACUUGACUCGCCCAUGAACGAGAUGCCUGGUACACUGCCAGUCAUUGACGAAGGAAUGUCGCUUUCGCCUACCCAGAUGCCCAACUCGAUGCAGCCCCCUCCUCUACCAGGUACCAUCGACGACAAAGGCUCAUCAGCCGACUCCUCGCCCAUCACACCGUCCCAAGAAGAAGCUGCACGCGCUCUCGAGCUCGUCAUGACCUUCUUCCAGUCACAGAACGCCGGCUUCGUCGUGGAGCCCCAGGAGUAUGUCACCAUUGGCAAGCUGAUGGAGAAGCUACGAAUCAAGCGCAGCUCCGAGAGCCUUCCUUCCGAGAUGCGACGUGUGUCAGAGCCCAACUUCACCACGGCCAAGCUCGAAAGCGUCGACGCGAUCCAUUAG